AUGACGUUUUUAGAUAGCGGCGCCGUUUCAGACUGGAAUGGGAGCUAGCAAUUUUUCCCAUAUUUUGAUAGUUUAAUCCGUGAAUGGCGCCGAAACAGGACCCGAAGCCUAAAUUUCAAGAAGGUGAAAGAGUGCUGUGUUUUCAUGGGCCAUUGCUCUACGAAGCUAAGUGUGUUAAGAUAAACAUCAAGGACAAACAAAUCAAAUACUUUAUUCAUUACAGUGGUUGGAAUAAGAACUGGGACGAAUGGGUUCCUGAAAGCAGAGUGCUUAAGUAUGUGGACAGUAAUCUGCAGAAACAGAAAGAGCUUCAGAGGGCUAAUCAAGACCAUUAUGUAGAAGGAAGAAUGAGGGGUGCUGCACCGAAUAAGAAGAUACCUGUUGCACCGCAGAAAAAUGAUGUGAAAACCAAAAAGAACAAACAAAAGAAUCUGACAGCCUCACGCCCUGAACACCAGCGCAGCUCGGUCGAUUUGGUGAAAGAGCAAUGUGUAUCAAGAUGGCGAGCAACGUUGGAGAGAUUCAGCCCGAUGUUUGAGCUUCAGUCAGAUCCAGACUCAGAUGAAGAGUCUGUCGCGCACCAAAGCGACCAUGAGACGUGUCAGAAUGCUUUGAUCCACGUCUGA